AUGCAACCUAGUGGGUUGAAAGAAACCCAACUCAACAACAACAAUAACAACCAGAAGGUUCAUCCUCAACCAAUGGAACAACAACAAUCUAUCAACCAAAACCCUGAAGCUAUGGAAGCUCUCAUCUCCAAUCUCUUUGGAAACAUCUCUUCUUUGAAAUCUGCUUACAUCCAGCUUCAAUCUGCUCACACUCCUUACGACCCUGACAAGAUUCAGGAAGCCGACAAGGUUGUGAUCUCCGAACUCAAGAAUCUCUCUGAACUGAAGCAUUUUUACAGAGAGAACAACCCCAAGCCUGUGUGUGUCUCUCCACAAGACUCUCGCUUAGCUGCAGAGAUUCAAGAGCAGCAGAGUUUGCUGAAGACUUAUGAGGUUAUGGUGAAGAAGUUUCAGUCUGAGAUACAGAACAAGGACUCUGAGAUCACUCAGAUGUUGGAGAAGAUCGAGGAAGCGAAUCAGAAGCGUGUUAAGCUUGAGAAGAAUCUUAAGUUGAGAGGAAUGUCUUCCUCAAACGAAGAUGGUGGGAGUAUGGAGUUUCCUGAUUUGAACGUUGAGCUCUUUAUGUCUACCUAUGAAGCUGCUUCUAAAGCUGUUCAUGAUUUCUCCAAGCCGUUGAUCAAUAUGAUGAAAGCUGCGGGGUGGGAUCUUGACUCUGCAGCUGAGUCCAUUGAGCCUGAUGUGGCUUACGCCAAGAGGCCUCACAAGAAGUAUGCGUUUGAGUCGUAUAUAUGUCAGAGGAUGUUCAGUGGUUUUCAGCAUAAAGAUUUCUCCUCGGAGAGUGCAAUGGCGGAGGCCGAUGAUGAUGACACUGAGACAUUCUUCCGUCAGUUUUUGUCUCUAAAGGACAUGGAUCCGUUAGAUGCUCUGUGUACAAACGCUGAUUCCAACUUUGGUAAGUUCUGCAGGAGCAAGUAUCUCAUCUUGAUCCACCCAAAGAUGGAAGCUUCUUUCUUUGGAAACUUGGACCAGCGUGACUACGUGGCAGGAGGUGGGCACCCGAGGACUGGGUUUUACCAGGCUUUCUUGAAGCUAGCGAAGUCGGUGUGGAUCUUGCAUAGGCUGGCUUACUCUUUUGAUCCAGCUGCAAAGAUCUUCCAGGUGAAAAAGGGAAGUGAGUUCUCUGAUUCAUACAUGGAGAGUGUUUUGAAGAACAUAGUUGUGGAUGAAAAGGGAGAGAGUCCAAGAGUUGGGCUUAUGGUGAUGCCUGGGUUUUGGAUUGGUGGAAGUGUGGUUCAAAGCCGAGUUUAUGUUUCAGGUGUGAAGGUCGUUGAAUGAAAGGAGGUUUUACUUGUAUCUGAACAAUUGUCUUAAGACUUCCCACUAUGUUGUGCAACUUUUGUUGUCUACUUGUUAUAAAUUAUGAUUUCAGUAAGCCUAAAUGUAACUGGUCAGAACGCAUGAGCAAAACAAGAUGUUUAUUUCCCAAUCAAGAAAAAUCUAUUGAUAUAAG